AUGUACAAUAAGAUUCAAAAUGUUUCUUCAUCUGCUACUGAACUGGAAGAAGAUGAUCAUACAAUAAAACCACAAUCAGUAAAACUAGAAGACUAUUUUUUUCCCUCUCAUAGACUUAAAACUUGUAUUGAAGAUGGCACGAAAGAGCCUGUAGCAAUCAUUGCAUGUGGCUCAUUUUCUCCAAUAACAUACUUGCACCUUCGAAUCUUUGAAAUGGCAAAAGAUUAUAUUUUGGAAAACACAAACUUUGAAAUAAUUGGCGGUUAUUAUUCACCAGUGUCAGAUCAUUACCAAGAAGAUGGACUUGCACCAUCUUAUCAUAGAGUUCGCAUGUGUGAGUUAGCUGUGGAAAGGACUUCUACAUGGUUAAUGGUGGAUGCAUGGGAGACCUUACAAGAUACUUAUACAAGGACUGCAUUAGUUCUUGAUCAUUUCAAAGGAGAGAUCAAUGAGAAACGUGGUGGUGUAAUGAUGCCAGAUGGUAAACGUCGCCCAGUUAAAAUCUUACUUUUGGCUGGUGGUGAUCUUAUUGAGUCAUUUAAGAUUCCAAAACUUUGGUAA